GUUUAUGAAACAAGAAAUUUGUCAAUUCAUCCCGACUCGCGUUCUCAUUUUUAUUACAAAGAAAGUGUUUAUUGAAAUAAACCCGAGAUAUAUUAGUUUUAGUUAAAGUUAAGUUAUAAACGAACAAGAUGAAUAUUACUUCCGCCGCGGGGAUUAUAUCCCUGCUCGACGAGCCGAUGCCGGAGGUGAAAGAGUUCGCAUUGAAAAGGUUGGACAAUAUCGUCGAUGAAUUUUGGCCCGAAAUCUCCGAGUCCAUUGAGAAGAUCGAGAUUCUUCACGAAGAUAAAGUGUUUUCACAGCACCAGCUAGCGGCUUUGGUGGCGAGUAAGGUGUAUUAUCAUUUGGGAGCGUUUGAGGAUUCAUUGACGUACGCAUUAGGUGCUGGCGAUUUGUUUGAUGUCAAUGCACGGAAUGAGUAUGUGGAUACGACAAUCGCGAAGGCGAUUGAUUUUUAUACGCAGAAGAGGAAGGUUUUGUUCGUGGAUAGUGGAGCAGAGAAUAUUGACCCUCGGUUGGAGGCCAUAGUGAAUCGGAUGUUCCAACGAUGCCUCGAUGACGGACAAUACAGGCAGGCCCUGGGUUUGGCGCUGGAGACGAGGCGGAUGGACAUCUUCGAGGAGUCUAUCAUGAAGUCUGAUGACAUUGCAGGCAUGCUCCAAUAUGCUUUCCAAGUAGCGAUGAGCCUCCUUCAAAACAGAGGUUUCCGCAGCACAGUUCUCCGCUCCCUCGUCGGUCUCUACCGUGGCCUCAACAUCCCCGACUAUGUCAACAUGUGUCAAUGCCUAAUAUUCCUUGAAGACCCUCUCUCCGUAGCUGAAAUUCUAGAUAAAUUGACACAUGGUCCUACAGAGUCAGUUCUCAUGGCAUAUCAAAUAGCUUUUGAUUUGUAUGAUUCAGCUACACAACAGUUCCUAGGUAGGGUCUUACAGGCCUUAAGAAGCACUGCUCCUAUACCUAGCGCUCUUGGUGGUAAGCCACAGCCACAAGGAGGACCUUUCCCUGAGACUUCAACAGCCAUGGAAGUGGACACACCAGCCGAAGAGUCUAAAAAACCAGUUAGAGAUAUUGAAAGCUUGAAUGAUGAGGAGAAGGAACAUCAAAGGAGGGUAGAGAAACUCAUUUCUAUUCUCGGAGGUGAUGUUUCUAUCGGUUUACAGUUGCAGUUCUUGAUCAGAUCUAAUCACGCCGAUAUGCUCAUAUUGAAAAACACAAAAGAUGCCAUAAGGGUGUCUAUUUGCCACACUGCCACAGUUAUCGCUAACGCUUUCAUGCAUGCUGGUACAACUAGCGAUCAGUUCUUAAGGGAUAACCUUGAAUGGUUAGCAAGAGCUACAAACUGGGCUAAAUUAACAGUCACAGCAUCUCUGGGAGUCAUCCACAGAGGACAUGAAGGGGAAUCCUUAGCCCUCAUGCAGUCUUACCUUCCUAAAGAAGCCGGGCCUUCUUCUGGGUAUUCUGAAGGUGGUGGGUUGUAUGCCCUCGGUCUAAUCCAUGCGAACCAUGGCGCGAACAUCAUUGACUAUCUUUUAACGCAAUUAAAAGAUGCGCAGAAUGAAAUGGUGCGUCACGGCGGAUGUCUCGGUUUAGGUUUAGCCGCAAUGGGAAGCCAUAGACAGGAUGUCUAUGAGCAGUUGAAAUUCAAUUUGUAUCAAGAUGAUGCAGUUACAGGCGAAGCUGCCGGUAUCGCUAUGGGUAUGGUCAUGCUUGGGUCGAGGCAUGCUGCGGCUAUUGAGGAUAUGGUAGCAUAUGCUCAGGAGACUCAGCACGAAAAAAUUUUGCGCGGUCUGGCCGUUGGUAUUGCUUUCACUAUGUACGGAAGGCUUGAAGAGGCUGAUGCAUUGGUACAACAGCUGUUAAGAGACAAGGAUCCGCUGCUUCGCCGUGCCGGGUGCUACACAAUCGCGACCGCCUACUGCGGCACUGGUAAUAACGAUUCCAUCAGGACUCUCCUCCACGUGGCCGUGUCUGACGUGAACGAUGACGUCCGCCGCGCCGCCGUCACAGCUCUCGGCUUCUUACUCUUCAGGACCCCGGAGCAAUGCCCUUCAGUUGUCUCACUCCUAGCGGAGUCUUACAACCCUCACGUUCGUUACGGAGCGGCCAUGGCGCUCGGCAUCGCCUGCGCCGGCACCGGCAACCGCGAGGCAAUCGGCCUCCUCGAACCGAUGGUCAAAUUCGAUCCCGUGAACUUCGUCAGACAGGGCGCUCUCAUAGCCUCUGCUAUGAUCCUCAUCCAACAAACCGAAGUCCUCUGCCCCAAGGUCACUUACUUCAGGCAGCUGUACGCGCAAGUCAUCUCGAACAAGCAUGAAGAUGUCAUGGCUAAAUUUGGUGCUAUCCUCGCCCAAGGCAUCAUCGACGCCGGAGGCCGCAACAUGACGGUUUCCCUCCAGAACAGAACUGGCCACAUGAACAUGCUCGCUGUAGUUGGAAUGUUGGUGUUCACGCAGUAUUGGUACUGGUUCCCGCUCGCCCACUGCCUGUCUUUAGCUUUCACGCCUACUUGCCUGAUUGCGCUGAAUUCCGAUCUGAAAAUGCCGCAGAUGGACAUCAAAUCUAACUCGAAGCCUUCUCUAUACGCGUACCCAGCGCCGUUAGAAGAAAAGAAACGCGAGGAGCGCGAACGCGUGACCACCGCCGUUCUUAGUAUUGCUGCGGCCCGCGCCAGGCGCCGGGCGCACGGCGGAGACACCGCUAGUGCCUCAAGCAGCGGAACCUCCACCUUAAAAAUGGAAGUCGACGAGGAAGAAAAAAAGUCUUCAAAGUCCCCAAACCCAAACAUAACUGUCCAUGUUGUCAAGAACGAAAAGGAUUCCGCCUCUACUUCGAAGGAAUCCAAGAAGGACGAAAAAGAAGAAGACAAGGAGACCAAGGAGAAGAAGGAACCGGAACCGACCUUCGAGAUCCUAAACAACCCCGCCAGGAUCAUGCGGCAGCAACUCAAGAAUAUUACCAUAGUUGAGGGCUCUGGAUUCACUCCACUGAAGGACAUAACGAUUGGUGGCAUUGUCAUGCUGAACCAUUCCGGAGAAGGAGAACAAGUCCUGGUCGAACCGGUAGCCGCCUUCGGCCCGAAAACGGAAGAGGAAAAAGAACCUGAACCUCCAGAACCUUUUGAAUACUUGGACGACUGAUAUAAUCUCUUCGAUUAAUGUUUUAAAAUUAGUAAAUAGGACUAUUAUGAAUCACUGUGAAAUGUAUUGAAAAGUUAUGAUACUAAUAUAGAAUUGUGCAAGUACAUUAUUAACUAAAAUUAUUGUGAUUCCGUGAAUUAAAAAUUAUAACUUUGA